AUGCGGGUUCAGUGUCCACUGGGUAGCGCCACAACGAGCAUCUUUCGAAGCAGCUGAACGCGAGUCGCGACUCUGGAGAGGCUAAAAUAAUUCUCGCGUUACAACUGUUGCCUCAGAGGCUCACAUGCUGAGGCAGCUGAGUUGUUUGGUGACUUCACGGGUGUGUUCGCCUCACACUCGCAGUUUUAAUUUGGUUUCUUUUCAAUAUAAUCGGCCAGAUUGUUUCCGCAGAUCGCAAUCAUGCGAUUCCCAAGCACUUUCUUCCUCCGACUUGAUAGCCAUCAAGCUGCAAUAGUAGUGGCAAUUUUAGAACUGUUCUUCCAUGUGCCGUUUGCUUUUGUCGUGAAAUUCGUUCACUCUGUUUUAGCCAAUUCGCCAAAGGUGGAAGAAUUUAUAGUAAAGAGCGGUGAUAAACGUGAAUUUGAAUUAUUCCUAGUCUCAUUGAACGGGAUUUUAGCGUCUGAAGUGUUCAUGAUCUUUUCGAUAAUACUCAUGCUUUUUGGAGUCAUCAAACGAAUGAGGUGGUUCUUGGUCCCUUGGUUCAUUUUGACAAUAGUAGACAUCCUGGGCACGCUCCUGAUGUACAUUGAAGUGGCGGAUGGUUCAGUCGCAAUAGUGAACAUGGUAGCGCCCAUCUUACUCUUGACUGCGGCCGUAAUUGCGAUUAUAGGCAAUGAGUGCUACGUGCUCCUGGCCGUCUUCUGCAGUUUCAGAGAGAUUGGCAUGGCAAACAGAAACACGCCAAACAGGGACAACAGUGUCACAGUUCAGUUUCAACCGAUCGGAUCCAAUCCUGCGGGUUUGGUUUAGAUGAAUUUUCGAAAUAAUUUUUUUUAUAAUAUUUUUCGCUGCCAAAGAUCAACAAAGUACCAUUUUACUUCAAUAUUAAAUUCAUUUUAUAAAUAUUCAUUGUGUAUUUCAUAAUAUAAUAUAAUUAUGUUUCAUAAAAUUAAAAUAAUUUAAUUUACAAUUUUCCCGACUAUAGCCCC